AAGCUGUUCCGUCCUAGUCGCGGCUGUAUGUGUAUGCGUGUGUAGCUUGAUUGUGGGCUCGGCGAUACACUGACAGCUGAAUGAUACAAUGUAACGGCGACGCGCGGAAAUGGAAUAAUCUCUUGAUGCAUACACACACAUGUGAACAACACACAGAGGCGUAAUUAUUCAGCGGUUGUUGUUUUGAUGAGAGGGCGGAAAGUCGUUAAACAAACAGCGCCGAUCGGUGAUUUAAAUGCAUUUCAUUUCAAUGGCUUUACGUGAGCAUUUUAAUCCGCUCGGCAUACUGCAAUGAUCAAAUAGCGGAUCGCGACUCCAGUGUUUGAUCCCAUCAUCCGCGGCUGUUACGCCCCAUCAUCCGUCGGGUGGGCUCCGUCGAUCAGAGGGCGGAUAUUUAUCAGCGUUAAUAUCUCCAGACACCAGGAAUCAUGGGGAACAACACUUCGUGCUGCGUGUCGUCCAGCCCGAAGAUCCGGAGGAACGCGCACUCGAGGCUGGAGCCGUACCGGCCCGAACCGGAGCUCAGUCGAGAGGACACGGGCUGCAACCUCCAGCACAUCAGCGACAGAGAGAACAUAGACGAACUCAACAUGGAGUACAACCCUUCGGACCACCCGCGCGCCAGCACCAUCUUUCUCAGCAAGUCCCAAACAGACGUUCUUUUACCCAACAAGAAAGUUCGGGAGAAAAGGAAAAGUCUGUAUGUCAACCAUUUAACACACAUUGCGGAGUCGAAGCAACAUCCCUCUGGUCCGAUAAGACGCAAGUACAGCUCCUGUUCGACGAUCUUCCUGGACGACAGCACCGUCAGCCAACCCAACCUCAAAUACACCAUCAAAUGCGUUGCCCUUGCAAUAUACUACCACAUAAAGAACAGAAAUGUUGACGGUCGAAUGCUGUUAGACAUAUUUGAUGAAAAACUUCAUCCGCUUUCAAAAUCAGAGGUGCCCUCAGACUAUGACAAACACCACCCGGAACAGAAGCAGAUCUACCGAUUUGUCCGGACGCUCUUCAGUGCCGCCCAGCUCACAGCCGAGUGUGCCAUAGUUACUCUGGUGUAUCUGGAGAGAUUAUUAACAUACGCUGAGAUUGACAUCCUUCCUGCUAACUGGAAGAGGAUUGUGUUGGGUGCCAUCCUGUUGGCAUCUAAAGUGUGGGAUGAUCAGGCUGUGUGGAAUGUCGACUACUGCCAGAUUCUCAAAGACAUCACGGUUGAAGACAUGAACGAGCUGGAGCGUCAGUUUCUGGAGCUGCUGCAGUUCAAUAUUAAUGUUCCAUCCAGCGUCUACGCCAAGUACUACUUUGACCUGCGUUCGCUCUCCGAGGCUAACAAUCUCAGCUUCCCCCUGGAGCCUCUUAGCAGAGACAAGGCCCAGAAACUGGAGGCCAUCUCCAGGCUUUGUGAUGACAAAUACAAAGACUUGAGAAAAGCAGCUAAGAAGCGCUCGGUGAGUGCGGAUAACCUGACAGUGGUUAGAUGGUCCCCGGCCAUUAUAUCCUAAUAAUGGUGGACUUUUGGGACUCUCACCUGAGACAGAGAGAAAGAGACUGUCGAAAGAAGCGUUCUCUAAGAGGACACAUAUGUGCUUAAUACCUCAGCAGGACUCUUAAUCCAGAGGCUUUUCUUCUGAAGAUUGUCCUUGCUGGUCGGACGGCUGCUGUAUAUACAAAACGACAAUGAUCACUUUCAAACCUGUGGCUUUGAGGACACGGAGAAGGAGGAUUCUGCUGCGGAUCAGUAGAAAUAGAGGAUAUUAAUAUGAUAAAAGACCCCCAACGACAGGAACAGCAUUCAAACUUCUCUGUGUCAUAUGUCAUUUUCACGGCGUAUUUCUUCACCCCUCGAAUGGUUAGAAACAUUUCAUUUGUUGCUCGAGGCUGUGUCCUAACAGCCAAAAAACAGUAUAGCCAAAAGUAACUUUUUUCUUGCAAGAUUACCACUUCAGUUGCAGUUAAUGUUAUUUGACAUUUUGUCAGGCAAUUAAGAUUUAUCUAAAGUAGAUCUAAAGUAAAAACAUCCUAAAUUACAUGUUAUUCAUUUAUAAUUAGACUUAAACAAUACUAUAUAAUAGGAACAUAUCAAAUCUGGACCUCAGUCAUACAUUCCUAUAUACUGUGUAUUACAAGGCUGAUUAUAUGUACGUUUUAUUAUUUUUACCUGGUUCUUGUUUUAAAGCAUUAUCAAGCCAUUUUAGUUUCAUGUUGUUGUAAAAAAGUAACAGAAGCUGGAAGGUGAGUAGAUGAGUAUUUAUGAAGGGAAAUAUUAGGGGUGCUCUGGAGGUCUCAAUGUGAAAUUCUUGAAGCGAUCGUCUUAUGAAAUUGAUUUACUCAUAAUUCUUUAAUACCAUGAAAGCCCAACAGACAGAAGUUUCAAAUGUCUGAAAGAUGUGGAAAGCUAAUAGACAGACUGAAUUUGAUGGUUUUAUCAUCAAUGACAUUUCAUUCACAGAGCCCAUAAAGGUGUUUAACCUUCACACUGUUGUCACGGUUAUAUAUAUAUAUAUAUGGCUGCUUCACCAAAUGACAGAUAUACACAUGCUGUCUCACGCUCAACUCAAAUUCUCCCAAAUUCUCAAAGCAAUACACGCACUGUGCUCCAAACAAUAUAAUUUCUGCUUGACUGAUUAAAGCUAGCAAAUGAAAGGUCUAUGGGACAUGAGAUAGGAUUUUGAAGUGUAUUACAAUUGGUGACAACAUAAAAGUGUCAUUAAUGAUGAUGCCACUGCGAUAAAAAUGGUGAGACAAGACUGCAGCGUUUUAUUUUUGAAAAUUGAAUGCGUCGAACCAUUCAAUUUUGUGAUUUGUGAGGGAGUCCUGCUGUAUCCACUGCCAUGCGCUUCACCCACAGUGCCUGCAUUUCGCGGGAAUAGGGCCUUCGAUGUACCCUGUGAAGAUUAUUCUAAAAACUCAAUUUUAUCAACAGUUUGCUUUUAGUUUAAAUUCAAAUCAGUUCUUCCCAUUUCAGAAGAUCAGCAAGUAUUGAAUUAUGUCGCCUGAUAUACAGUAUGUGUGAUUUCCAAACUAUCUGUUGUAUUAUGCGGUUCACCUGCUAUUUCAGACUGAAAUUCUCCCGUGUGUGUAACUUCACUCAGAAAUACAUUGAGAAUUUAGGAUUAAAACUUCCAAAAAUAUUUUUAUUUGUAUAUUGUACAUACUUCAACAUGCUUAAAGAAAUUUGAAAUUGAGAUAUUUAUAUGUGACCGAUGUUAAUUCUUAAAUUCUGAACAGUGAUGGAUUUAGUUUCGAAGAUAUAUAUUGAUUUGGAGGAAUUUUAGUUGAUGUUAAACUUCUUGAAAUCUUUUUGGCGUCUGUCUUCAGUGAAGUUUAUGGUUUUUUUCUCAACACAAAAGUGACAUGAGCAAUUUUGCAAGGUUACAGUAUGCUGAUGGGAAUGUAACUCUGCAAUAGCUUUUCUUUUUUCUUAUUUUAACAUUUUAGAAGCAAUUAAUUUGACGAUACUCCUAAGAAAUAUCCAAAUGUCCAUUAUUGUCAAGCAGUAUGUCUCUUUAUUUUCAUUUUUGUGUGUGUGUGUGUGUAAUUUAUUUUUUAUAUAUAUGAGUAAGUAGGCCAAGUGUUAUUAAUAUAUCAGUCUGAGCAUGCCAAUGUCAUACAUUUCUUCCAAAAUCUUAAAGGAAAACAUUUUCUACACAAAUAAAUAGACUGCUUUUGGGACCAUUAAGAUUUUAUGGGGUAUUCUGACAAUUAAGCAUUCAAUAUUUUCAUUUGAUGGAUUAUUUUCAUUACCGUAAUACAGCAUUUUUGGUACAGUACUUUAUUAUGAAUUUACAAUAAAAUGAUUACAUUUUAAUUAUUAAUUAAAUAAUAAUUAUUAAUUACAAUUUAGAUUAAAUAGCAAUACAAAACACUUCCAUUGUCUAUAAACAUUUUUCCUUAUUUUUCAUAGUUUUGAUUUUGUAUUGCUGUAAUGGGGAAAGAGGUGCAAAUGUUUAUUGUCAUCGAAAUAAUGCUUCACUGUACCAUAUCUUAAUGUUCCUAAAAAUGAAAAUAAGAGAGCUGACUUUUUUAUUUUGGGUUAAAAAAAAAAGAGCCGGUCAUGUUCUUAACAAGUUCUGGGAAAUAUAUCCACUCACCAAACCACUCAGAUCCAGGUUAUGCGAUACCAGACAAUGUGUGAAACUAAAACAGUGUUGCUUUAUUUCAAAGACAGCGGAACUUGUACCAAAGUUAUUCUCAAUGAAGAUCUGUUUGUGGAACUGGCAUCUCUAUUACACUCCCUUUGCAUAUUGCAAGAGCGUUGAACGGUUUGAAAUCAAGAAGAUGGUUCAAGAAAAGCAUCUUUUGGAAAGCGAUUCAAGAUGAGAAGAUUGAUAUGAAAAAUGUAUUCUAUUUAUUUCAAGUGAGCAUGUGAGGGUCCUGCCCAUUGUGGGGUCUUAAGAAAGUGUUGUAAACUCACGUCUUAGUGAUGGAAGGCAAUAGGCAGACGUGUGGCGUGUUUUAGCCGUCUGGAGUGAACUCUACCUCUACAUAGAGUUUUUGUUUCUAUUUAUACCUCUUUCUUGCUCUCUCUCUCUCUCGUAAUCUUUCUCAUUUUCUUUGAGAUUUCUAGGAAAUUACAAAUUCAACUCUUUCAAAACAUUUAUACUAUAAGUGGUUUCCUGUGAAAAGAGAAAGCAAACUGCUGUAGGUGUGACUUUAUCAUUUUUUGUUCAGUCACUGGUUGUAUGCCUGUUAUGAAUAAUUACAAUGUUGUUGUUGUCAUUUGUUUCUGUUCCGAAGGUCAAACCCUUCCUUGGUAUCUGUUUUCAGUGUGACAAAGGCUGAAUCCUAUCUUCUACUUAUAUUAGUUCAUUCUACUUUCCGUUGAACUAAGUGAACCCAGCUUCCCUGCGGUGACCAACCCCAGGAGCUGGAGGCUACAAUGGUCGCAUGCAGUCUUCUGUUCUCAAACUAUGAUUUUAACUGAUGCUCCCGGUUCAAGAAGCAAUGUUUAGAAACCGCCACAAGAAUAAACUUUUAAAAGUUGCAAUAAAACUGAUGUGAUGCGUGUUUUUGUGUCUGAUCACACAUUUGUAUAAAAUUGAGAUAUGCAGAAAAAUAUAGGAAAGGGUUUUGCAUGCAAAUUUAAAAUGAUUUUAUCUGAAAUAUACUGUUUGUGUAGACUCAAAUUCACUGCCUGCUGAUA